GUGUCUUUGACUAAAAUUGUGACAUGACUGAGGAGAGGCAAACUCGAGAGACAAAGGAUGGCGCCACGUGGUCGCAUUUUGUGACCACUCAUUAAAUCUCAGCGGGCCUUGUCGAGGGCCUGCUGGAGCACACGAAAUGAUGGACCGAUUGGCGGCGAGGCGUCGUACAUCCGCCGCUGCCAUGAGCACACAACUUGUGCUGUUCAUAUCCGUCACGACUAUUGCAGACACUGUUCUCGCCUCAAGUAGUCCUGCCAACCGCUACCGCGCAGCGCUUCUGUGGCCUGGUAGAAAAGGCACUGAAGCGUGUUACGGCACAGAGUUUCUCGAUGACGAUCCUGAUCUGGUUGAGCAGCAAUGCAAAACGGAAGCGUUCUAUCAUACGAAGAUGUGCAAGAGCCAAGUGGGGAUGAACAUAGGAGCAUGGCCAUUGCGGUCGAAAACUGCGGUUUGGAAGAUGAAGGUUGGGGAAGAAGAUACCGGUAAAAAUGUACUAGUUUCCGAAAGAGAUGCAAGGCAUCAGAAGUCCUCAUUGCUACAACCAUAUAGUAUCGAUGUCUUAGUGGAGGAAGAGGAGGAGAUUCGAAGGCGAGAAUGGCGGGAAAUGCGAAAAGCGCUCUUGCUAAAGCAUGGAGCAGAUACAGGAAAAAAUCUCCUCGAGACAAAGCAAUUUGGUGAUUUGGAAGCAGACCUGAAGAGCAAGGUGGAAAGGCUUGACUCGGCCGAGGUCCAAAAGGCAUUUGAAUCUAUCGCUGAGGAUGAAGUAACUCGUCUAGCUGCAAAGGAGAGAGAGCUUUUCGCGACGCGUGGGCAGAUCUACGAAAGCGGGAGCGACCAAGGCCGGCAGGCAUUAGAUUCGGAACUAGAGAAGCAAAGAAAUGCAUUACUGGAUGGCGAUGCUACGGGAACGGGAGGUGAAGCUGAGAAGAACCAAAGUCAGGCAGAACUACAGAAAGACAAAGAUGCAGAAGACGAACGUCUUUCUGGUCGUCUACUGCCUGAACGGGCUCUCUUACGUCCUUUUCGAGGUGCCUCUACAGGCGAAUUCAGCGUAUCAUCUCCGAAGUUGCACUAUGACUUGAUAAAACAUUUCCGUUUUAGCCGCACAGGGAAUGAAACAGUACUGGAACUUGGCUGUGCCGGUGGAGUCACGACACGAAUCCUAGUAAGGUUGUUCAAGAAAGUCAUCUGCGUCGAGAAGCGGCCGCAUUUCACACGGAAAUUUUAUGAAAGGUUUAACAUUAUCCGUAUCUACUUCUAUAUACGUUUUCACAGCACAAACACAAUUCCAAACUGUAGAUGUGGAAACCACAUAGCUGUGGAGGUUACUUGUGGAACAAUUUGAUUUAUCACUUUUACGGAUUCCGAUACCUCCAUCCAGUACUAGAACCACACCUUAUAUUUCAUACUCCGAUUCCUGACUAUCCGAAUUUGGUGAAGGUGAAUUUCGAUCUUUACCAAGAGCACUGGGCUUACCACAUGGCUGCCGUUCCUGUCCACGUUGUUUUUAUCGACGCGCUGCACGACUAUGGUGCUGUGCUCUUUGAUAUCAAGUUAAGGAUGGUCAAUGUAUGUUGUUUCGAUGAUACUGUCACUGACAACUCCUGCUUCUCGUUAGCGCCCGAGAAGUAAUAUCCGCCGCUGCGCCUCAGAAAUGUCUUAUAGCUAGCACUACUAUGCGAAAGCGUUCUCUUUCUAACCUCAGCCGUGCUCGCCAAAAUCCAUUGUUGCGUACAUACAAUCGCUUUCCACGACUUCAGCUUUCCUGGCGUUAUGAGAGCAAUCGAAGACUCAGGAGUCGUCAAAUACUAUGGCAAACGGUGGAAACAUCUGGGAUGGGGGUUUCCAAAUAAUUGGAGACCGAAUAUGAGGAUUCAGAGGACGAAAGGUAGCAUGAGUAAAGGUCUUGAACAAGAAGACGAGGACGAGCAUUUUACAGAUGCGAUGUCGAAAGCAUUUACAAAACAGUGUCCGGCUGUAUCAUCUCCUGCCGAAGUUGGAGGCACUGAGACGACCUCGGCUAGAUCGACCAGUACGACAAAGAAAGUAAUAAAGCGGCCGUCAGCACGUGGAUUGAAUCUGCCUGAUAAAGAACUUUCUGUGGCGUACGCGCAUCAGAUAAAGCACAAUAGUAGCAGUAGCAGCAGCGCCAUCACUCCUCCUGGUACUGCUUCAUCUUCAUCCGCAAGAAUUCCUUCAGGAGCAGAAGUAGAGAUGCCUUGGGUCUCUAUGGCUCAGAACCAACAGCAGUGGGCCUCGCUAACAGCCUACUUCCCCACGCAUCCGGAGGGCCUGCUUGUCGAGCUGAAAGACAAAUUUGUGGCAAAAUCUGUUCUACCACCAGGACUGGCGCCCCAGAUACAUGAUAUACCUUUGGACGAGACACAAGCUUCCAAGGAAAGCGACACGAGCGUCGAAAACACAGUCCUCGAUUCCAGCAGAUCUUCUACGAUGAACCAGAUUGAAGCGGUAGAGCGUAUUUUUCGGUCUAGGUAUGUAUGCGAGCUAGACGACGAUCCGAAUUGGGUGCACACCGGAGAAGGACCGAAACCGUGCACGCCUGAAGCCAGACGCUUGCAGCGUCUGUUGCGUGGAGCGGACCCAGAGCCACUUCUACUGAGACAGGAAGUGCUUUACUAUGAUCGAAAAACAAUUCGGACGUUAUUGCUGCGUCGCUUUCUAGAGAGAGUGGUAGCUGGACUUUCUAGAGGAACUGGUACUGCCGAAGAAGACGCAGAAAUGAAACGUCCUACGCCAGCGCCGCUUUCCGUACUCGCUUUAGGCCCUGAGUUCGAGAAAAGGGCUGACGAGAUUGACGCGCGUACGCUGGAAGGCAUGGUCUCGCAGAUUGAACGAAGACAAUCGGAAAGUAAUUUGGAUUAUGGCAUGCAAUCACAGACUUCUUCUUCAACUGCAAGUAGCUACCCGAAUUUCAUCUGGGACCCCUACUAGUGUGGGGCUCUCCAAACUUACUAACUCCAGCAUUCUCAUUUCCAAAGAACUCCAGCAUUCUCAUUGCCAAAAGCCUCUAAUUCGAGUUGGCCCCCAACAAGAUGCUCCGUAAAGUUCGCCCCUUUGUCCGGAAUCAACUACGCAUCGAUCUCCUGAAUCAUGGCGUUUUUGCUAUUACGGACAUCGCAUGGCAACUGAACAAGGCAAGGUUUUUGCACCAGCAUCUCUAUCCACAACUGCCAAAAGCCAUGCGAUCGAGUCUACCACAUGUUUUUGAAGGUGGAGAGCCUUCGAGCUUGCUCAGGACGUUUGGGUAUUGAGGACGUUUGGGUAUUGUACAAGAAGUACAAGAAAGUGAAGUAGAGUAAGAGCAGUUUCAAUGUUGUUCAUGAGUUCUUGGGUUGUGAAAGACGGUAGAGUAAGAGCAGUUUCAAUGUUGUUCAUCAGUUGGUUUGAAGCAGAAGGUGAAUCUGUUAGGUAGUUCUUGCAAUGCAGAAGUUAUUCUCGCUACUAGAAGGAGUACCAGUACCACAACCACCACCUCUUCUAUACAUAGGUUCUUACAAUUCCUCCCGAACAACGAAUUCAAACUCGUUGCUGGCAACGAGGGGUUGA